GAAAUAAUAAUGAAACUUAAUUCAUUUUAAUAAUAGAUAAUUAUUUAGGUGGUUUUUUGUUGAUAUAAAUUUAUUGUUUAUAAAAUAUAAACCAUGAACAAAGGUAAAGUAUUUUAUGUAUUUUAUAUUUUAUUUUUGUUUUUAUUUUAUCUUAAUACACGAUACAAAUAUACGGUUGGUAGUGAAGUGCAAUUUGUCGGGUGGCUUUUUGAAGUUUCACCAUCUAGGAAAAUAAAAAAAUAAUUGGCGCUAUGAUGGUGAUUAGCGUCAAAACACUACACCAAGAUCUAUAGAUCUUGACACUACACUACACCGGCAAUUCAUAUCAGACAUUCAGAUAUACUAUCAUUACUAUCAGUAUUAAUAAUAUGUCCAAUCAAGUCGUGGGUAGGACGUGAAAAUACAUAGGUUUCCAUCGGACGUGAAAAUUCAAAAUAUUUACUGUGUACAUUAAAUUAUACAAUGAAAUAUAUUACUCGUAUUAUUCAUAACAUUCAUGUAAAUCACGAAAUACGAAAUGUUCGUUCAAAAUUCACAAAAGCAGCUGUUCUAAAAACUGUUAAAGAACCAUUGGUUCUUGAGGAUUUUAAAAUACCAGAUAAACUCAAAGAUGGCCAACUUCGGAUUGCUGUUAAGUAUUGUGCUGUGAACAUGUCUGAUGCUUUAAUCUGCUCUGGAUUAUCAGAAAUUAAACCAACAUUGCCAUAUGUCCCUGGUUUUGAAAUUGUCGGUGAAGUAAUUGAAUCUAAAGCUACAAACGCCGAUGAAGAAGAAGAAGAUAUAUCAGUAGGUGACCGAGUGUUGGUUUUAAACAAAGAAAUCAUGGGUGGAUUUGCUGAAGAAUGUAUUGUUGAUGAAAAAGAUGUUUUUGGAAUACCAUCAGAAUUGUCUUAUGAAACUGCUGUGUCAAUUGGAGAUAGUUAUGCAACUGCAUUAAUAGGAUUGGCUCGACGUGCAAACUUAAAAAAAGAUAAUACUAUUUUAGUAACAGCAGCUGCUGGUGGUUUAGGUUUAGCUGCAGUCGAUAUAGCUGCAAAUAUGUGUAAAGCUAAAGUUAUUGGAGCUUGUCGUUUGGAAAAAAAUACAUCUAUUGUAAGAGAAAAAGGAGCUUUUAUUUCAUUUGAAAUUAAAAGCCCAGAGUCUUUGUGCAAAAGAGUAUUAAAAGAAACUGAUGGCAAAGGAGUGGAUGUGGUAUUUGAUGCUGUUGGUGGAGAAAUUUUCCCAUCAGCAUUAGAUUGUGUUGGCCUUGAAGGUAAAGUACUAGUUGCAGGUUUUGCAUCAUUACAACUACCACAGUUAAAUAUUAAUGAACUUCUACGCCGACCUUCAUUUAGUUUAAUUGGUGUAUCAUUGAAUAAUUAUCGUACACAUUCAGUAAGGAUAUACAGGCAAUCUGUCAAAGAUGUAUUAACUAUGUGUAAAAUGGGUGUGAUUACUCCAAAUAUAUCAGAAACAUUAAAACUUGAUCAAGUGAAUGAAGCAUUAGAACAUUUUUCAACUGACAAAAGCAGUGGUAAAAUUUUAUUAAAAAUUGCUGAUUAAUUGGUAAGAAUAUAGAAUUUAAAAUUAAGUAGAAUUUUCAGUUAAAAAUACUAAAAAAUUUGUUUAAGGUAUUUAUAAGUAUUAUAUAAAUAUAUGAAAUAUAUUUGUUUA